AGGAUGACACAGCCCACCACCGUGCUGAGCAUUUUCGCCAUGUUCCUCCACACCACUUUUGGGGAAAGUGGUUGCACCUCAGCAGACGGUGAUGGGACUCUCGGGGAUGACGAACCAGACAAUUUUGACAUUGAUUGCUUCAGCCAGCUGGAAAUUAAGGACUCCUUCAGCAGCCUGACCUGCAAUUUCACCGAGCUGUCUCCUUACAACACUAACUACACCCUGUCUCUGUGUACCAAGGAAGACAACAAUUAUGCCUGCUCCAACAUGAAGAAACAGGAAGAUGUAUUCUUCUUACAGUUCAUUGAUAUACUCUCAAACAGAGAUGUUUGCAUGUACUCUGAGAUGAAGAGAAGGGUCUGCAGGAGUCUGGUUGUAACUGACAUUGUUAAGCCCGAAGUACCAUUUGCUAUAAACAUCACCUAUGAAAGGGAGGCAAAUGAAUAUCUCAUUCGUUACUGCACGCCACACUCAAGGAAGAAAUACUUAAAGGACAAGCUAGUCCACCAAGUAGCCUAUCGGCAGAAAGAAGGUACUUGGAAGACAAUAGAGUCACCAUACCUUCAGAUAAAAUUGCUGGGGAAAAACCUUGAAAAUGAAGCAUCGUAUGAGGUGAAAGUACGUUCUCAGCCCAAUGGAGAUUAUUUUAAGGGCACAUGGAGUGAAUGGAGCACUUCCAAGAGCUUCAAAACAGCAAGAGAGCAGCGUUCCACUGAAAGCUACAGCAGUGUGGUCAUGGUUAUACUCUCCAUCCUGGGAUUCAUGCUGUCCGUUGUUGUGAUUGCACUGAUCGUAGUUUUUUGGGAAAACAGGAUCAAGCCUGCUGUAUGGCCAAACCUUCCUGACCAUAAAAAAACGCUGGAGCAAUUAUGCAAGAAGCCAAAAAACAAUUUUGAUAUAAGCUUUAACCCAGAGAGUUUUGGUUAUGUUCAUAUCCAUAAAGUGGAUGGCCUUUGGGCAAAAGCUGAACUGGAAAAUUUUCUGCAGCCAUCAACUGCUCCAGAGACAAGCCUUCCAGAAAAAUUCAGGAGUGGAUCAGACCUGAAGAUGACCCCUGCCAUGGCAGACAAAACCAGCCCAAACCUGCCGGUGUCUUACGAAGGGGUCUGGCCGGCUGACGCCCUGCACAGGCUGCUGGGCCCCAGCCCGUUUGCAGUCACCGAGGGCAGCUGCAGCUCCAGCACCUAUGAGCUUUGCCACGGCAACAGGGCGCCCCUGCACCACGAUGGUUUCAGCCUUUCCCCCACCCGUGCCCUGGAUCCUUCGGGGCAGCCCCAUCCGGAGCCCCUGAACGGCGACGCCCGGUGCCAGAUGCUGCCUCGCAGUGACAUGAGAUCCCCCAACAAUGAGGAAGCCUACGUCACAAUGUCCAACUUCUACAAAGUCCAGUAAAUCUCACAAGAAUUGCAGCAUGCAGUUUUUUCUCCAGCACACGCAGGAUACUGAAGGUUUCUGGCCCUGUUUUCCCGUAUCCUGAGCGUUCCCACCUCCCUCAUGCGCUCUGCUCACGGUGCAGCCUGCAGGGAAGGGGGAUCUCCACACUGCAGUGAGAAUCAGCCCAUCUCAGCAUUCAGUAUGCUGCUAGCCGUCUUCACUGCAGCAGAAAUUAAAUUUAAUUCAGCCUGAUUCCGAUCUUCAAAUGUGAUUAACCCAGAGCAGUGACAAUGCAGUCCCAGCCGAGGAUCACAGCAUGUCUCCUAGAAAUUAAUGAACUCUUUUGUUACCCUCUUGGUUACAAAGUUAAGCUCUUAGUAAUGCCUUAGCAAGAAAUAUGGCAAUAAA